UGUGUUUCUGGUUUGAUAUCACUCUUUUGCUGAAUACCCACAUAGAAAAGACAAUUUUUUUCCUGUGUUCUCUCUUCAAAUUCUCCAGCUUUGGAAUCACCAACCACGAUUUGGGGUUCUUGAUUUUGCAUCCUCUUGUUGAUUGAUGAUCAUGGGAGAUCGCUUGCGAAAUGGGGUUCAUGAUUUCAACAUGGCUUCGAGAAAAGCUGAAGAAGCAGCUUGGAGACGGUAUGAGGCAACUCAGUGGCUAGAAAGUCAAGUGGGUCCUCUCGGCAUAUCGAACCAGCCUACGGAGAGAGAGCUCAUUUCUUGCUUGAGAAAUGGUCUUGUUCUUUGCAAAGCCAUUAACAAGAUUCAUCAAGGAGCAGUGCCUAAGGUUGUUGAUAUUCCAGUAGCUUCACAAACAUUUGGCUGGGACUCCCAGCCUUUGCCUGCCUAUCAGUAUUUUGAAAAUGUUCGCAACUUCCUUGUUGCGGCCGAAGAAUUAAAGCUUCCAGCUUUCGAAGCUUCUGAUCUCGAAAGGGAGAGUGUGGAGAUGGGAUCGGCAGGGAAAGUUGUCGAUUGCAUUCUAUCGCUUAAAUUGUAUCAAGAGUUGAAGCAGAAUCAGAAUGGAUGCAACAAACACUUAAGAUCUCCUUUACUUAUGCACUCAGCCAGCAGAAUGCAUUCAAAGGCCACAGCUGCAGUCGCCUCCGAUGCAUGUAGGCGCUUGGAUUUGUCUGCCACAACAGAAAAAACUCCUGUUGAGAGUAAUCUUCCAAAACGAGAAGCAGAAAUUGUGGAAUCACUUGUCAAGCUACUUGUUGACCGUAUGCUUGAGGCCAAAGAAAACAUUGGUGGAAACAUGAUUGCUUCUCUUCGUAAUGAAGACCUGGAUCCACUAAAGCUAUUAAAUCAGAUCAUGAUCAGUUGUGGGGAACAGCCAACUUCAAAGUUCCCUGAGAACUUGAUAACGGAAAGGAAUGGCGUAUCACCUCAAUCCAUGUCCAUACCCCCAGAAUCAGAUACUUUGUGUGCACCUGAAAGUUCCAAGUGUGCCAGAGCUUGCCCCGGGAAGUGCACAUGCAAUCAGAAGCAUCUCUUAGACAUGCAGGAAAAAGAACUUAUGGAUCUGAAGGCUUUGAAGUUGAAAAUUAAGAAUGAGUUUGAGGAGAUGCAGCUUCAGGUUCAGAGAUUUUUUUAUGAUAUUGGAAGUCAAGUACAGGAGAUGUCAACCAAAGCUCUUGGAUAUCACAAAGUAGUAGAAGAAAAUAGGAAGCUAUACAACUUGGUCCAAGAUUUGAAAGGUAAUAUUCGAGUUUAUUGCAGAAUCAGACCGGCAUCCCGAGCUGAAACCAAGAAUAUUAUUGAUUUCAUUGGGGAAGAUGGUUCUCUAUUUAUUCUAGAUCCAUCAAAAACAUUAAAAGAUGGAAGGAAACUUUUUCAGUUUAAUCGGGUUUUUGGUCCAACUGCUGGCCAAGGUGAGGUCUUUAAGGACACUCAACCAUUGAUUCGAUCCGUGAUGGAUGGAUUUAAUGUGUGCAUUUUUGCUUAUGGUCAAACUGGAUCUGGGAAGACUUACACCAUGAGUGGUCCUUCCGGUGGAACAUAUAAGGAUAUGGGAAUCAAUUAUCUGGCUCUUAAUGAUCUGUUUCAAAUGUCUAAUGAAAGGAAGGACAUUAUAGCAUAUGACAUUUUUGUUCAAAUGGUUGAGAUUUACAAUGAACAAGUAAGAGACCUACUUGGGGAGGACAAAACCGACAACAAAUUAGAGAUCCGCAGCUGCAAUGAUGAUGGGAUGAGCCUUCCUGAUGCAACUUUGCGUCCGGUGAAGUCUACAAAUGAUGUCAUCACCCUCAUGAGACUCGGUGAGGUUAACCGUGCUGUCAGUUCUACUGCCCUCAACAACAGGAGUAGUCGCUCGCACAGUGUGCUUACUGUGCAUGUUCAUGGUAAAGAUACAUCCGGGAGCUCCAUUCGGAGCUGUCUGCACCUGGUAGACCUUGCUGGAAGUGAAAGAGUAGACAAGUCUGAAGUUACAGGAGAAAGACUAAAGGAAGCACAGUUCAUUAACAAGUCUCUUUCUUGUUUGGGAGAUGUGAUCACAGCCUUGGCUCAGAAGAACUCUCACAUUCCUUACAGGAACAGCAAACUCACCCUUCUUUUGCAGGACUCCUUAGGUGGACAUGCUAAAACGUUGAUGUUUGCUCACGUGAGUCCGGAAGCCGAUUCUUUUGGUGAAACAAUGAGUACUCUAAAGUUUGCUCAGCGUGUUUCCACUGUGGAACUAGGGGCUGCACGUUUGAACAAAGAAACCAGUGAGGUUAUGCAACUCAAAGAACAGGUUGAGAGCCUUAAGAUUGCAUUGGCAAAUAAGGAAAAUUCUAAAGCACUGCUGAGUAGAGUUAACACUCCAUUAGAGAGGCCAAUGUUGGGGUCUGAGAAAACGCCACUGCGCCCUCGCAGACUCAGCAUUGAGAACGGCAGUACCGCCAUAAAGACUGUAAAACCUGAGGAUAAAAGUGGAGCCAAAUCACCUUCCUACAUACCUCGUUCAAGAAGAUUAAGCUUGGAAGGUUCAAGAACUACCAAGAUUCUACAACCAAAGGUAGAAUCCGCUGAUGUAAGGAAAACUCUGCAGUAUGAGCCAGUGUCUCAGCACAAAUAUCAUCCGCAGCAAGAUCCAGAAGUGGUGACAAAGCUAAAUGGCCAAUUAAGCAAUGGUAAUGUCAAAGCUCCUCGGAGUCCUACAAGCAUUACCUAUCAGAAAAGGUUGAUAAAACUAGAUAGUGGGGUCCAAAUUCAUCCUCUUAAACUACCUCAGACACCUGAAGUACCAGUGCUAGAUGAAAACAAUGCACAUAGAGCUGUACCAAGUGAACUUGGAUGUUGCACUGAUUCACAGCCAACAAAGGUGAACGGUAGCACAAAUGGAAAAGGAUCCCAAAUAAGAAGGUCCCUAAGAACAAUUGGGAAACUGAUCAAUGGCCCAGACAAGAGGAACCAACAAAUUAUGGUUGAAGUGAAGGCACCCAUCAAGGGCACUUUUCAUGCAAAUCCCAUAAAAUCACCACUACCAGCUAGUGAGAAGAAAAUAAGAAGGCAAUCUCUAACAGGGAUUCCAGGACCAAACUCAAGGCGAUCUUCACUUGGUGGGAAGCCAGUACCAGUAGCAUAUGACCAGGACAGAAUUGCUAGAACGCCUCCUCCAGACACCAAGAAUGCAAAACGGUGGCUAUAAAUCAGUGUGGUGCUUUGACUCGAAGCUCGCCAACAAAGGCUUUGACUCUAGUAUAGGAAGGACACCAGCUCCAAUCUAGUGGGAGUUUUUGUUUCAAUAUCAAGAAACAUGUGGCUUUGACUCUAGUAUAGGAAGGACACCAGCUCCAAUCUAGUGGGAGUUUUUGUUUCAAUAUCAAGAAACAUGUUUUUUUAGGGGGUGUUGGAUUAACAUCCUGCAAAGAUGGAAAGUAGGUGUAGAUAUUCAAGGAGGCUAUGAUCCUUUUUUUCAAUGGGGGAUUCUUGUAACUAUGAAAUUGAGAUCACAAACAAUAAAAAAAAUGAAAAUUCCCUUUAUCCUUUUAA